GUUGGAGUGAGAUCGAAAGGAUCCUUACCAGGCCAAAGCUUUCUGGAACCGCCCCCACCCAGGACCUUGUUCAUCGUCCUGAGUGUAUCGGCCAAAAGAGGGGAAGUUUCAAAGGAUGAAUGGCGGCCUUGUACUUGCAUAACGCUCUGUUUGCAAACGACCCACCUCAAACUCCUUCUCUAGCGCAUAGAGCCUCGAGCAGCCGCACACCUCACGACAGGCAUCUUUCUUCGCAAUCCCUCGUUACUCUACGGACUACGACUUCCGAGCACUCACAUCCCUCAGAACCACUUCUUCAUGGUGCUUACUCGGAGUCUUCUGGUGGUCAUGAACUGCUCACGAGACACCCAGGUUAUCCCAACCCUCCGAUACCUGGGCUUGACCCAACUCUUGAAUCUGCGGCCCUUGGUCAGAGGGAACGAAGAAGGCAAUGGGAGCUCGCGAUUAGGAAGCGUUUGCGCUAUCUUCGAUGGGGAAAGAGAAGCCUUCUUUUGCUGAUCGGCGCAUGGGCUACCUAUAACACCGUUCGGUACUUCGUAGCUCUCAGAACGUUCACUUCUCACGACCGACACAUUAUUCUUCUUACCCUGGGUAGCGUAUCCGCUCUUUCGACUGCUUUGGUUCUGAUUUCGUUGUCGCUUUCUGCAUUUGCUACCUAUCUGGGAUGGAAGGAAUCCAACUACAGACAUUUGUACAAUAUCAUUCAGUCCUUUCUGGGCCAUUCUGCUGCCUUUUUUCUCCUCGGACCCGCUGUUGUGAACCUUGUUUUCAUUGUAAUUUGGAGGUCUUCUUCUUCUGAACCGGCCGAUACUGUUCAAGGCCGCUGUACUUGGGACAUUGAUGCUCUUUGGUCUGGGAGUACUUCGCUUUGCGAUCCCAAUCGAGCUACACCUUGGGGGUUCUGGCUUGUAGGAGCCAUUGUUCGGUUAGUUUUGACAGUGGCUGUGACAUUGGCGUACUUGUUGCUUAGCCGCAAGUAUUCGAUGACCAGGAAACCAUCCCGUCGACGACGCCGAUAUUCGCGUCCUCAGUCAAUUUCCGAGUCCACAACAGACACAUUGACAUCAUCUCCCUCGCUGAGCUUUCGACGCAUGCUAUCAAGUAGCCACUCACCCGUCUCCAUCUCUCGUGCCGGUCGCCAACUUUCAUAUUCCACAGAGGUCAGCGUCGAUACGUAUGAGAACGGUGGAGCGUCCAGUUCUGGUGAUCACCAACGUCUGCGUAGAUCGCGUUCUCAAAUACGCUCUCAAUCAUCGUAUAUACCUUCACCUCCUCUUUCACCUCCCAUUUCCAGAGACGGUCAUCCAACAACGCUUCGGUUUGCAGACGAGGAGACAAGGGACUCACCUGAAUCCUCGGAGGAAGGAGAAACGGGUUCUUCUCAGGCAGACCGCUUAUGGUAUAGCUCGUCAUUUCGGGAGGUUCCUGGACCAUACGCUUUCGUUUCAAUGCCUUCAAACUAUGCUCAGCCACGUGCCUCUGUCGAACCUGCCAAUUUUCCUCAAGAUGAAGACCUCACCACAUUCGCGUAUCAAUUCCGUAAUCUCGUAGACCAAGUCACUCGUGAGACCGAGGCAGGCAUAGAGAUGGCCGCCAACGAUCAUCCCGGUGGUUACAUGCUUGGGCGCGCAGCUUCCCCACCUACCACCCCUCGACCUCCUGCGCAUGAAGACCGUGACUACUUUCCAUACAUGGGUCACAUUAUCCAACGCAUGCCUACCAUAGAGUCCUUAGGCUCACGAGAAGUGACAAGCCUCGCCACGUCCAGUACUCGCGGAGAUCGUUCCGUACAUAGUCUAUCUCGGCCCCCUACUCGUUCAAACACUUUGUCAAUGGCCUCAGACAGUAACCCGCCGAGCCGGAGUAACAGUCUCACGGCGAGCGUUAUCCUUUCGCCGGCUGAAGGACCUACUAACGUUGGUGUCAGUGAACUCGGAGAAGUGACGAGGCCGCCGGGUUCGGGCGCACAAUCAAAUGGACGAACAAGGAGCAGGAGUGUAGCGUCUUACUAUACCGCCGUCAGCAGUGCGUACUCUGUACCAAAUUCCCCAGUGGAUAGUCUAGGAUUAGAUGCGGCUCGAUAGAACUGGACUGUGACCCUGGGGCCUAAGAGAUUCUAUCCUUAUCUCUGGGUGGUCAUUGAUCGUAUGGACCCAUAGAAUGUACUCUACAAUACAAGCAUCACGCUGGUCAUAAGCGUGGCAGUUGGAAUUGAAUUGAAUUCAUAGCAUUCAUACGCUGGACCACAUCGCGGUUAGAUAUUUUUCCGGAUAGACUCUUCUGAUCACAGUUGAAAGAUAGCAUGUUCAAUCCCACACAACCCGCCACCCGCAGCUGCCAUCCCCCAACGAAUGUUGCUUAUGCUUUAUUCUAGACUUCUAGAGUAAAGAAGCAACAUUUUCGACAGGACCGUCAUGGGCAGCAUUUUCAUGUCCGCGAUUAUGGGCGUUAGAUGCGACCAAACAUGGUUAAUGUAGUUUAGCAAAAGCCGACCACCACAAGAUGAUCUUGUUCAGC